AUGGCAUCGUGGCUCCAGAUCCCUAAGAACUCGCCAUUUUCGCUGGCGAAUAUUCCCUUUGGAAUUAUCUCCUCAACUAAGAGUACCUCUCGCGUGGCUGCGAUUGCGAUCGGUGAAUAUGCGCUGAACCUGAGCGCUUUUGCCUCAUCGGGGGGUUUUGCACAACUACCUGACUUCCAACCACACCUCAAUGUUUUUAGCCAGCCAACCUUGAACGCAUUUGCAGCUCUGGGUCGCCCUGUGCACCGCCAAGUUCGCGAGUAUAUACAGAAUGUCUUCCGUGCAGACACGCCAUUUCCUCAGGUUCUCAAGGAUAAUGCCUCCUUGCAGAAGGAAGCCCUCUUGCCGUUGUCAGAGGUGACCAACCAUGUGCCGAUGCAAAUCGGCGACUACACUGAUUUCUACGCUGGCCUUAACCACGCUUACAAUGUCGGUGUACUGUUCCGUGGACCAGAGAAUGCCUUGCAACCCAACUACAAACAUCUGCCCGUCGCAUACCACAGCCGUGCCUCGUCUGUCGUGACAUCAGGCACGCCUAUCCACCGUCCCAACGGCCAGAUCCUGGCCAACCCAACCGCUACACCUAAGCUCCCCACCUUCUCCCCAUGCAAGAGACUGGACAUCGAACUCGAGCUGGCUGCAUUCGUUAGCAAGCCCAACGAUCUCGGAAAGCCCGUUAACAUCAACGAAGCCGAAGAUCAUAUCUUCGGAUUGGUGCUCAUGAACGACUGGUCGGCCCGUGACAUUCAAGCCUGGGAAUACAUUCCACUUGGGCCAUUCAACGCAAAGAACUUUGCCACUACAAUUACUCCAUGGGUGGUUUUGUUGGACGCAUUGGAGCCCUUCCGCGCCACGGGUCUGGAACCUGGCGACCGGGACUCUCUGCUUCCCUACCUGCGUGAAAAGCGCGCAGCCAACGUUUACGAUAUCCCUCUCGAAGUCGAAAUCACCAACGCAGGCGGAAAGCCAACUCUCGUCUCCAACUCAAACGCAAAGAACCUCCUGUACUCGUUCCCACAGAUGUUGGCCCACCAUACCAUCACAGGCUGCAACAUGAACCCCGGUGACCUUCUCGGAAGCGGAACGAUCUCUGGCACAGAACCCCAAACCCAGGGCAGUCUCCUUGAGCAGACAAAUGGAAAGAACCCGCUCAAGCUGGCUGAUGGAUCUGAACGUCUGUUCCUGGAGGAUGGCGACACUAUUGUCCUGCGUGGUAAGGCCGGCACGGAAGGAAACUAUGUUGGGUUCGGAGACUGCACGGGAACCAUUCUUCCCGCCAUCAAGCUGGAAUACUAA